UAGCUUUUGCUGCACAAAUUUCAGUCUUUCUUGCUGAUAUGCUUGAAGCAAAUGAAAUAACUUCAACAUAUAAAGUGUAUAGCAAUAUUUUAAAGGAAGUCAGAGGAAUAGAAUUACAAAGAAGCUUUGAUGACUGUCUUCGUCAGAUUGCACGAUUUCCUGGGUUGAAAAUAUUUAACAAACUAGGCCACUUAAAAGUUAUGACUGCUGCUGACUAUCAGAACAUAAUGAAGGUUGUACUUUUUGCUCUAGACGAUAUCUUUGAUAAAUGGGAUCAAAUAGCUUGCAACGAGCUUU